GAUCUGGAUCAGGCCGGAGCCACAACCCACGCAUCGCCCCCGACCCUCCCCCCACCCUCCCAGGCCGCACCGCCACCUUCUCUCCUCCGCACGGCCUCGAUCUGACCGGCGGGAGGCCUAGCUCGCCAUCCACUCCGUGCUCGCCCCCUCACCGGCAUCGCCUGGUGCUCGCGUCUCCCUGCCCGCCGUCUCCACCACCUCCUCCCCACCGUCUCCGUAGCAGAAGAAGAAACAAUUUUGCCUUUUCUUCUUGAUUGAUGAGGAUGAGGAUUCGCCAUUCAGGCUGUGACAAGGCGCGACUCCAGAAAUUGGCUGAUUGCCGCCCGUUCGAUCGGAUGCGAACCGGAUUGGAAUUGGAUUAACCGCCCAACCCCCCGCCGCAAUCCCCCACCGCAUAUGCCGCCGCCGCCAUGCCAUGCCUCACUCUCCACCGCUGGCACGAUAGUUCCAGCACCCCCCCUGCCGCUCCUCGUCAUCCGCCGGAUUUCAAGCGUCCCGUGAUUACAAUCCCCUUUUUUCAGAUAAAGAGAGGACCACCGGAGAUACUUCCACAGCUGCCCCUUCUAUCUCCAUCCAUGAUGAAUCUCCCAAGGCCACUACUAUGGGACCUUAUCCAAGCCCAGGCUGGUCCGACCUACCCACCGAUCUCCUGAUCCGCAUCCUGCUUCUCCUCGAGUUACCCGAGGCUCUGGCCUUCCGUGCUGUCUGCCCGUCAUGGUGCUCUGCCUCCAUGGCCGCCCCCAGUGUCCCACCUGGCUGCACACCGUGGCUUGUGUCCUUGGCGACCGAGCCACUUCCUGGAGGGGAACAGAGUCGCAGACUAUGGGAUCCCACAGUUACUUCCAAGUUCCGUAACCUCCUAGACGAGAAAGAAUUUAAGGUCAGUUUCCCCCGGGGCCAGGCUGUGGCCUGCUGCGGCUCCUUCCGUGGCUGGCUGGUCGUGGCCAACGAGCUCUCAGACCUUGUCCUCUACAACCCCUUUACAGCGGCAUUGCUCCCGCUCCCGCCGCUCACCGGCUUCACGUCGUGCCUCGAAGGGGUAUGCAGACCAAGGAAAUGUCAUUGGCUAUCGUUAUAAGUGUCUCCAUGGUGGUAAUGGCAGUGUUUAUGACAUGGAUUCUCUGGGCAGGCAUUUCUAUGACAAGGUUGUGUUGUCUGGUUCUCCAUCUGCCGGUCCCGCAGUUGCCUUGGCCAUCCACUUGGACGGCAAGCGGCUCUCUUUUGCGAGGGUAGGAGAUACUUCUUGGCGACAAGUUUCGGUGAUAAGGAGAAGCCAAGAUAGUUUUGCCGAUUGUGUCUACCUGCGAGGCAGAUUCUAUGUGUUGUCAAUGACAGGUAAAUUGAAGAUUUGGGACCUCGGUGGACCGGAGGACAUACCACGAAAGAAAACGAUCAUCGCCGAGGAAGACGAUGACUUUUUCGAAGUUAUCACGAAAUACUUGGUUCCAACUCCCUGGGGACAUCUUCUGCAGAUUCGUGUCAUCUUGGACAAGGAUCAGGAUCAUUGCAUCAGUGUUCAUGUAGACAGGCUGGAUCGCAAGAGCUGCCAAAUGGUAGGAGUAAGCCCCGCGACGGCUCUAAGGGGGCACGCUGCGCUCCUCGGACAGAAUAGCCCGGGUCUCUUGUCUGUGGAAAAAUUCCCUGAGCUGACUCCCCGUCUCAGGGGGGACAUUUUUGAGCGUCGUUGUAACCAAUGGAAGGGUGUAAAGGUCUAUGAUUUGAAGAAACUGACGCUGGAGGAUGCUUUCCCGUCCGGUGGUGGUCAUUAUGGAACAAUCUAUCCGUCAGAAGUCUGGUUCAUGCCGGGCCUGUGAUCACUUAGCAACCAUGUCGAUUGGAAGCUGUUUCGUGCUGCAUGCGUACGUUGGUGCUUUGCUAGGGCUGUUUUCUUCUAAAUUUUGUAUACAAUAGAUUGAUGAGUUGUGUUGGGUGUAUAUAUAGUACUAGUAGUAGCUGGCAUGAUGGCGAUCAUGAGUUUGUAUGAUGUCCUGUCCCACCACAAGGUUCAGGGCUUCAGAGGUUAGGUUUAGAUGUUGCACCGUGCUAAAUAUCAUCGCCUCUGAAUUUUAA